CUGACGCGAUGACGCGGUGACGCGGUGACGUGGGACGCAGCGGGCGGCGGAGGGCCGGAGGAGCCGAGAGCCUCCACGAUGCAGGCCCCUAACGGUAGUCCUGUGCACCUGAGCGAAUGGCAGAAGAAUUACUUUGCGGUGACCUCCGGCACCUGUUCAUCAGAACGGAAGGCGGAUGCGCUCCGUGCCCAGAUUUUAAGCAUUCAGUACGCGUGGGCAAACGCCGAGAUCUCCCGGGUCUGCGCCUCCAAACUGUUCAGGCGCUACGCGGAGAAGUACUCUGCGAUCGUCGACUCCGACAACGUAGAGACCGGCCUGAAUAACUACGCCGGAAACAUCCUGACUCUGGCCAGGUGUCAGCAGGCCGACGGUGACGAGUGGCGAUCCGGCUUAACGAUGGAUAGCGUUUUCCGAUCGGAUCGCGUGCGGGAGAUGAUGCGGGCCGGCGGACGGGUCAGAGACUCUCUGAUGGCCUCGGCGGAUUCUUCCGCGGCGGUCGGCGAGGGGGCCGGCGCCUCUGGAACUCGAGGCCUUCCUGAGCCCGCGGCCGGUCCCGGAGAGACCGACGGGCGAGUCCUCGGAUCGGGGCGCGCGGACCGGGGACCACGUACCCCGGAGAGCCCCCCGUCCCCGGCCUGCCCUCCCAACGGCCGGCUGCCCGGAGCGAGGAGCCGGCCGGACGGUCUCCCCCUAGACGAACGGCCCGGUGCGAGUCUUCACGCCACUCCGUUGUUCGGGAAGGUCGACCCAGCCGGCCGUAGCUCUCCGAAAGCUCUUAGAGCCUGCGGUCCAGACCCAGGCUUCUCCGAUCGGCCUUCUGUCCCCGCGGUCCGUGGCAACCCGGGGAAACGGAAGAUUUUCUACGGUUCGGCUCCCGAGCCCGUCGAAGCGGUUUUCGACCCUGCCCGGGGUAAGUCUUCUAACGGCGUGGAAGUCGGCGGCCCCGGGGGCGAGAGCGGCCUACCCGGUUUUAAAACGGCCAAAGAGCAGCUGUGGGUCGAUCAGCAGAGGAGACCUCCCGCUGCCCAGAGAGGACCGGGUUCUGCGUAUGGAGGAGGAGGAGGAGGAGGAGGAGGAAAGAGAUCUCUGGGGGCCGGAAGAUCCCGGGGGCCGUUCGGCAAGUUUAUCCCCCCCGUGCCGAGGUCGGAUGGUGGCGUCGCGAACGGAGGAGCGCGGUGUGGUCCUCGUGCGGCGGCUCCCGCGGAGCCAGCGCCCCCCCCGGAUGAGCGCCUGAGAGGUUUAGAACCGAAGAUGAUCGAGCUUAUUACGAACGAGAUCAUGGACCGCGGGCCCCCGGUGAACUGGGACGACAUCGCCGGCGUGGAGUUCGCCAAGGCCGCCAUCAAAGAGAUCGUGGUGUGGCCUAUGCUGAGGCCGGACAUCUUCACGGGCCUCCGGGGUCCCCCCAAGGGGAUCCUGCUCUUCGGCCCCCCGGGCACGGGUAAGACCCUGAUCGGCAAGUGCAUCGCCAGCCAGUCCGGGGCCACGUUCUUUAGCAUCAGCGCGUCGUCCCUGACCUCCAAGUGGGUCGGGGAGGGCGAGAAAAUGGUGCGGGCCCUGUUCGCCGUGGCCAAGUGCCAGCAGCCGGCCGUGAUCUUCAUCGACGAGAUCGACUCCCUGCUGUCUCAGCGGGGAGACGGGGAACACGAGUCGUCCAGGAGGAUCAAGACGGAGUUCUUAGUACAGUUGGACGGGGCCGCCACCUCCUCCGAAGACCGCAUACUCGUCGUGGGGGCCACCAACCGGCCGCAGGAGAUCGACGAGGCGGCCCGCAGGAGGCUGGUCAAGAGACUCUACAUCCCGUUGCCGGAGGCUCCGGCCAGGAAGCAGAUCGUCGUGAGUCUGAUGUCCAAGGAGCGCUGCAGCCUCAGUCAGGAGCAGAUCGAUUCGGUGGUCGCCCGGUCCGAGGGGUUCUCGGGAGCGGACGUGACGCAGCUCUGCCGCGAAGCUUCCCUCGGCCCCAUCCGGUCCCUGCGGGCGGCGGACAUCGCCACCAUCACGACGGACCAGGUCCGCCCCAUAGCCUACGUCGAUUUCGAAAGCGCCCUCGGGACGGUGCGGCCCAGCGUGUCCCCGCGAGAUUUGGAACUCUACGAGAACUGGAACCGGACCUUCGGCUGCGGGAAGUAAAUCGACCGAGCGGAACCGAGGGUCUUGCAACGUGGAGGUCCACAGGUUCGGUCGCUGGGGUCGGUCAGCGUGCCCCGCGUCUCCCGACGACUCCUCCUGGAGAGUUGAAUGACCGCCCCGGUGCCCGUCCUGGGUGUCGAUAAGUCGCGGUACCCCGGAGCCAAACCGUGUCCGUUGCGAGGUCGUUCCCGGGCAUCGGGCGCCUUCUGGCCGCUUGAGCGAGAUGGACGAUAUGAUUAAAAAAAAAAGUCAUAUUUUAGGGAAACCGUUUUGUAAUCAUCUUGCAUCUGAGGGUUUAUUACUGUUUCGUGAGUGCUGCGAAGAGGAAGCCUUCAGAAUUAAAUUGGCUUUGGAAAACUUAGGAGGGAUUUUCGGUGCGGGUUUCGGUGAGCCGAGGGUUAAGAACGUAAAGACGGAAGAGUCUCCUUAUGUUUUCGGAUCCCGUGGGGCUAGGCUGAGACCUUGGAUAGUGAUGAAAAGAUCAAGAAAAAUGGAAAAAAUCGGUAUUACCUUCCACCGGGGAAGAUGUAAAUUUGCAACAAAGCUAAACUUGAAUCAGGGCCGGCGAUGCACACGGACACUAGUGGUUUUCGAACGCGGCCACGACUACCAUAGAUGCAGACGUGAAGUUUAAAGUGUCUUUUCUUUGUCACAGAGGAGCUGUGGAAUUUUAUACUUGUAAUUAAAAAACAACAACUUUCCUCUAAGGGGAAGAUAACCUCGUAUUAUAAUAUGAUGUGACAGGAGCGAUAUUGCCACUAUGUGGAGCACUAUGGAUCCAGUUGGGGCGAUAGAAAACAGCGUGGAUCACUUCGGUGCCCUGCGAAGGAGAAUGUUCUGUUUCUGAAAUAAAUCAGUUGCAUAUCUUUA